UGAUUACGGCUUACGGGUUUAUUAGGAAUAUCAAGAUGAUAAGCAAGAGCCUAAGUCCCCGAGAGUCCGGAGCGCACAUCAUAGAGCAUGCCAAGCACGUUAGAGUGUUGCCUGAAGGCAUAAAAAAGCUGUCUAAGGAGAUUCUGGAGGGCCUCCAGAGUAAACGCAUAUGCGUGGACAAUUUUUCGCAACAUGAGCUGCAUCCCAAUCCGGAAGAUGGCAAGCCUGAUGCUUAUACAGGAGCCGCCGACUGGGUUUUCGUCUUGGAUACCUUGAACUUUUGCUUCUGGACACCGAAUAACUACACCAAAUACAAGGUAAAUGGCUACACGGGAUACUUUGCGCUGUGUGCAGCCAUCAAAAGGGCUAUAGCUGAAGGCGUAGAUGUGACGAAUGCCAAAUUCUACUCGGAAAUCGACAUGAAGACGGUGGAGCACAUUUUCCGAUCGGACGACGGAGAGACCAAGAUACCGCUGAUCCAGAAACGCAUCGAAUGUCUGCAUGAAGUGGGCAACAGUCUGCUAAAGAAGUACGAUGGGCGCUUUGAGAAUGUGAUCAAGGCAGCCGACAAGUCGGCGGUGCGUCUACUUGAGCUGAUUGUGGAGGAGUUCCCCUGUUUCCGGGACCAGGCAGACUUUGCUGGAAAACGCGUUUCCAUCCUGAAGCGGGCUCAGAUACUUGUGGGCGACAUUUGGUCCUGCUACAGGGGCAAGGGCCUGGGCUUGUUCCACGACAUCGAUCAGAUCACCAUGUUCGCCGACUACCGCAUUCCACAAGUGCUGGUGCACUUUGGCAGCUUGGAGUACACGCCAGAAUUGCUGGAAGUGCUUAAAGCGGAUACAAUUCUGGAGAACGGUGAUCCAAUGGAGGUGGAGAUACGCGGCGCGUCGAUCUACAUAAUCGAGCAGGUCAGGGAUGAGGUGAUGAAAGCCUUGAAGCAAGACCACCCAGAGAUAUCGCCAGACAACGUAAAUUCCGUUGUCAUUGACCAGUAUCUCUGGGACUACAGGCGCCAGCACCAGGCAGACCUGGAACAUAUCCCAUUCCACAAGGUCUUGAGCAUUUACUAUUAACUUCACCGACCACGAAUAAACAUUUUGGCGAAUA